AUGGAGAUAAACACAAUCGCGGAAUACCGUAAGAAAUAUCAUGAAAAGCUGAAUGAAGGGAUCUCAGAUUUGCAUAAAAUAGCAUAAAUAAAAUGGCAUUCGGUUCGAGAGAAAUUAGCUUUGCUAAUUUUCUCUCCCUCAUGGAAUUUUAUUUAUAGGGUUAGGUUUUCACUCGAGAUCUUCUGGACAGCAAUAGCGGUUUAACUCUGGGGAUAACCAAAGGAACCACUCCUCAGUCCACUCAAGAUUUCGGGCUUUUACCUCUCAGCACAUCCCCACGGGAGGAUGACCCUUAGGCGGAACACGCGCAGGAGCUGAGUCGAGCGACAAGGGCGACGGCAACGCGCCGGGUGAGACGUGCAGCAAGGCCGGUGAAGCAGGAGUUGAUAGAAGGCUUGGACGGGGCUGACCCGUGCCAAGAUGGCUCGCCUACGUCAUCAGUUUUGCCAUAGGCCCUUUUGGGCUGCGGCACUAGACACCUUAAACACCAGAUAAUUAAGUAAGUAAGUAAGUAAGCAUAAAAUAGCAGAAAUACCGACCACGUCACCGUCUUAUACUGUGAAGUACUCUCAUGGUGACCAAACUAUGCUUGCCGCUUCUGAUGAAUCGGGGGAGGUAUAUAUAAUUUCUAUAGCUGGCGACAGCUCAGUGUCUAUAUCGUCACAGUUCAGAGCUCACCAUAACUCAAUUUUUGACACUUCUUGGUCUUUUGAUGACACAAAAUUACUCACAGCAAGCGGGGAUCUAACUGGAAUGGUAUGAGAUUUAGAGCGAAAAGAAUCAGAAACCCUGGUAGGCCAUGGAGGAUCUAUAAAGUGCAUUAAAAGUGUCCCAAACACAAGAGAAGUCUACGCAACUGCUGCUAGGGAUGGGUUUAUUUAUUUUUGAGACGCCAGAUGUCCGGGAAAAAUCAAUGAAAAUAGAACUGAGCAUGAGCCUGUAGGCUUUAUUACUGGAAAACAUAAAGAGACAGGCAAGAAAAACAGAAUUCAACAAGGCUCAACUAUUGGGUUUACAGGAAUUGAAUUUUUAGGCAAUCAUUUGAUAGCAAGUGUAGAGCAAAACGAAGCCAGUGUAAAAAUAUGGGAUAUCAGAAAAAUAAUGGGGGGCAAAGGCAAUAAGAAAAAGCCUGUAAAUUAUGCAGCCAAAAUUGACCCGUGGACGUGAAGGAGGACUCAAAUGAGCCAUGAUAUCAGCACUAAAAUCUAUGGGCAAGAUUUUUAUAAAACCUAUGACCUUUUUAAUAAAGAAGAACAAAAUAGAGAGCUAAGUGUGGGGAAUUCGUGGAUUUCUUUAUAUUUAUGUAUAAAGAAUAAAUACUUUUGUGUCUAUUAUUUUAGUUAUAAAAAUGGAUUAUAUUGAUAAGAAUAUCUCCUAAUGGAGUAUCUUUAAUGGUUUCAUCAUUGAAAAAUGUGGUUUAUGUAUAUAAAAACCUUAACACCCUUGAUAUAGAGCCACCCAUACAAUUAAUAGGACAUAGAGCUAGUUUCUAUGUAAAAGGCUGCUUUAGCUCACAGUCUACACAUGUAGUAAGUGGGUCACUAGAUGGGCCAAUGUUUAUAUGAGACACCGAAAAGCCUGACGAGCCCUGAAGAGUCAUCACUGGCCACGUCACAGAAACUAAUUCUGUUGACUGGUCUAGUGGAAGCAGCCUAUUUCUAGCUAGCACCUCUGACGAUUGCUGUGUCAAUAUAUGGGAUUUUUAA